AUGGUAUCUAACCAGUCCUUAUCCAACUCUGGAAGUGCUCCAUUCAGCAACACUCAACUCUAUAAAAGCACUAUUGGUGUCCUCCAAUAUGCCACCAUCACACGUUUGGAUAUCACCUAUAGUGUCAACAGAGUUUGCCAAUUCAUGCAAGCUCCUCUUACUGCUCAUUGGAAGGCUGUCAAGAGAAUUCUAUGCUACCUGGAUUGCACUCUUCACCAUGGACUCCAUCUUCAGCACAACUCCAACUCACACCUCAACUUAAUAGGGUACUUUGAUGUAGAUUGGGCAUCAUACGUUGAUGAUCGCCACUCCACAUCAGGAUAUUGCCUCUUUCUUGGUCCAAACUUGGUUUCCUGGCACUCUCGACAUACAGUCUCUAAGUCUUCCACCGAGGCAGAAUAUCGGAGUAUCCUUAGGAACCAAUACCGGAACACAUGCCUUCAGUCGAUACAAUCAUUGACUUUUCUAAAUGAAAAUGGGUCAGUUGUCGACUCAGUGGAUGGAGCCUUCCUCACGCAAAAUGCUUCAGAUAGCCUUUCCAACAAUAGUGUACAGUCAACUCCCGAGCCAGCAAUAUCAAUUCAUGAUGGCUUAUACGAGGCUAUUGAUUCCUACUCAAAGGCGCACCAGAACUUAAUAAGAGCUGAAAAUGAGAGGCAAAGUUAA